AUGGGUGACGAUAAUUCUCUACGCGUUGCAGUAAGAGUAAGGCCACAAUCCGAACGCGAAAAAGCUGAUUUAAAUCGUAUAUGUACAACUGUUUAUCAUAAUGAUUCGCAGAUUAAUAUUGGUGGUCAAAAAAACUUCACAUUUGAUCAUGCUUUUGAUAGCGGAACUCAGCAGCAAAAAAUUUACGAUGAGUGUGUUAAAGGUUUAGUCGAGGGAACUUUUGAUGGUUUCAACGCCACAGUUCUAGCUUAUGGCCAGACUGGUAGUGGGAAAACUUAUACUAUGGGUACUGCAUUUGAUAUGAUGGAUGUAAUGAAUGAAAACGAUAUAGGCAUUGUUCCACGAGCCAUUCAGCAUCUUUUUUCUGAAAUGGAGUCUCGUAAGCAACAAGCAUUAGAACAAGGUUUUGUGGAACCAUGUUUUGAUAUCGUCGCGCAGUUUGUUGAGUUGUACAAUGAAGAAAUAAUCGAUUUAUUAAGCCAUGAGCGAGUACCCACUGGUCUUCGAAUUCAUGAGGAUGUUAAAGGCGAAAUUUUUUUAAAUGGAGUUACACGAAUAGCUGUUACUAAUCCUGUGCAGACAUUGGAAGUUUUGAAAAAUGGUUCAUUGAAUCGAAAAACUGCUUCAACAAAUAUGAAUAAACAGUCUUCUCGUUCGCAUGCCAUAUUCACAAUGAUAAUCAAGCAGCAGAGAACUGUUGCUACUAAGGCUUGUGAUUCCCAAAGAGCACUCGAACAAAAUAACGUAAAUCCUCCACAGGAUGAAGAUUCUACAACUGAAUUGGAACUUCUUAGUGCAAAAUUUCAUUUCGUUGAUUUGGCUGGUUCAGAGCGUUUGAAACGUUCAGGAGCUACUGGUGAUCGUGCAAGAGAAGGCAUUAGCAUCAAUUUUGGGCUGUUGGCACUGGGUAACGUAAUAUGUUCAUUGACUGCCACUCCCGUUCCAGGCAAAGUAACGUAUAUACCAUAUCGAGAUUCAAAGCUGACGCGCCUGCUACAGGAUUCAUUGGGUGGUAACAGUCGAACUGUUAUGAUUGCUUGCAUCAGUCCAUCAGAUUGUGAUUAUGUUGAAACUUUGAACACUCUUAAUUAUGCAAAUCGAGCAAAAAAUAUCAAAAACAAGGUGAUAGCAAAUCAAGACAAGUCAAGCAAAGUUAUUGGUCGUUUGCGCUCUCGUAUAGCCGAACUGGAGGCAGAAUUACUUGAUUUCAGACAGGGACGUAUAAAAAUUUUGGAUGGUAUCGAGUCUUUCAGUGAUCAGUACAGAGAAAACGUUUUGUUACAGGCAGAUGUAAGUCAGUUAAGGAUUCGUAUAAAAGCUAUGCAGGAAACAUUAGAAAUGCUGACAGCUCGAAAUGUUCAACUGCUGGCAGAAAAUAGUGAAAUUCGUGCGCAGAUGGGUAUUUUGCGAGACCAAAAUUGUCAUGAAUCUCAUGGAGAUGUCAGCAUAGAAUCGAAAAAAGAAGGAAAUAAUGGGCUUAGUGACGUCAUACGGGUGUAUAUCGGUGAACUAGAAUCGUUAAGAUGUUCAUUGAUGGAAUCAAAUGCAACAAACGAGCAAUUGCGUCAGCAACUGAAUCACUGGAAAACUCAAGCGACGAAGAACGCUUUCCGAUUACCUCUACAUACUUUGAAUACUAAUAAAGAUGUGGUCAACUGCUCACUGAAUGAUAAUGUGGAAAAGGUCAUUGCAUGUACUCCAGUUACAUCAUUGAUUCAAGAAGCAAAGGCAGAUGUUGAACGUAUGAAACAAAGUAUCACUGAAAGUUCACAUGAGGGCGACAGAACAAAUAGUGAAUUGACAGAUCAUGAAGAUGAUACAAUGAAAACUAGUAUUAUGGUAGUUAACUCCGAUUCUGAUGGUGAUGUUGAGGAACUUAAGGGUAUUGAGGAUGAAGAUCUUGAAGUGGAAAAUGAAGCAGAAGCUGAGUGUCUCAAGCUGGGAGAUGAUCUUGCUGAAUUACAAGCAGAAAUAUCUAUCAAAGAACGCUUAAUUCUAAAAUUAGAGCAUAGCGAGCGCCGUCUUGCGGAGGUUCAACUUAUGUAUCAAAGAAAAAUAGCAGAAUUUUCUUUACGUAUAAAAGAAAUGGAAGCUGAACGUGAUCGAGUGCUGGCUGAAAUGGCAUCAAAACAGCCUCAGAAAGUUGUUGACACAAAUCAUGUUCGUAAAAUACGCGAAGAUUACGAAAAAAAGCUUGCUACAAUGCGAGAUGAAUUUAAGAAAUUGCAAUCUAUUGAACGUGAACAUCGGAAGAUGCAAACUAAGCAAGCUGCAAAAGAAUUAGAACGCUCACGAAUUCUAAGCGAAUUAAAUGAGCUAAAAAAAGCUAAGGUGAAAUUGGGUCCUCGUAUGGCUACACUUUUGCGAAAAAUCAAGGAGGAAAGCAAUCGUGCAAAAUCUCAUGAAACAUCCAUUAUGAAGAAGAUAGCUGGCUUAGAAAAAGAAGCAAGAAGGAAAGAUGAUAUAAUUCAAAAACUGCAGAAUAAAGAUCGUCAACGAGAAGAAGCUUUGAAAAAAUCAUUCAAUGAAGUAGGCCGUUUGCGUCAAUUAUCCCGCCAAGCCAGUCAUAAUUCUGGUCGUAAAAGUGAAAGACAGCGGAAUUUACAUUUGCCUCAAGCUCAACGUCCAACAUCUCGAACAAGUGUGGAAAUGAAGGUCAAAGCAAAAUGGAUGAUAAUUGAGAAGCUUCUUCGUCAAAGAAUCAUACAGCGUCAGACAAUCACCAAACUCGAAAAUGAAUUAGAAAAGGCUGUAACCGAGAAAAAUGCAUUAAAUGAAGAGAUUGGAAGACUAGAGGAAGAUUAUAUAGAAGAAAAAGAUUCUGAUAAAAGAGAUUUGAUUGGUGAACACAUUGAUGGGUGUCAUGCAAAGAUGCUUUACAUCAUGGAACAUCUUUCUGAAUUGCGUAAUACAAUGGCUGGGAUUGACGAAAAUAACAAGGAAACUACUCUUGCUCAAUAUGUUAUAUAA